AGGUAUACUCCAUGAUCCGCUCUAGAACUGUCAUCCUCGUCUUGUAUACUAGGGAAACCCUGUAAAGGAUAUUGCCCGUUGCGAUUAUUCCCCUAGAAUAUUCUCAAUUUAUGAUAUAUAACCACCUGGUAGGACGAAAUGUCUGUUGUUCUCCAAGUAGCAACCACUGGGAAGAAAGUCAGUGAAGAUGAGUUGCGCCCAAUUAUCACGAAGGCCGGGUUGGAACUUUCGGAGCCACUCCUCGAAAACUUCAGCACGUUGAUAUCUUCCUUGGAUAAGGCCAUCUCGGCUCUACCCGAUGAUAAAAGUGUCUUGCCACGCCCUAAUCUCGCCAAGUAUCCGCGUACGGAUGUCCAUAUUCCGGAGGACAAUGACCUAGGUGCAUGGGCAACGAAAGUGACCGUAAAAUGCACAAGCCCUACCAGUGAUCUGCUGAAGGGCCGAACUUUGGCACUAAAGGACAAUAUAGCUCUGGCCGGAGUUCGCUGCACAAACGGAACUUCUAUGGUAGAUUGGACCCCGGAGAUUGAUGCGACAAUUGUUACUAGGGCUCUAGAUGCCGGAGCUGUAAUCGUUGGCAAAGCUGCUUGCGAGAACGCAUGUAUGGAAGGAAUGUCCGGCACUUCCGUCACAGGACAGGUCCAUAAUCCAUAUGCCAAAGGGUACAGUGCCGGAGGCUCCAGCAGUGGUUCAGGACGCCUCGUGGCGACUGGGUCCGUCGACCUUGCUUUCGGCGGAGACCAAGGCGGCAGCAUUCGUAUUCCGGCGUCGUCUUGUGGUAUAGUAGGCCUUAAGCCGACCUGGGGUCUGGUUCCCUACACGGGUAUCCUGGGUCUUGAUGCAACUAUCGACCACGCAGGACCAUUAGCGAAAAAUGUGAGAGAUUGCGCUCUACUCCUCGAGGCAGUCGCGGGAUCGGACGGAUGGGAUGAUCGCCAGCCAUCGAUCGGACUUGAAGGGGAUAAGUUGAAAUUUGUGGCUCCCGUCGACACCGUGCUUACUAAAGAAACAUCGAAGAUGCUUGAAGGUGUCAAAAUCGGUGUGCUAAAUGAGGGUUUCGAAGUUCCCGGACAGGAUCCCAAUGUCGUUGAGUCCGUCCGGUCCGCGAUCGAUAAAUUCAAAUCUUUAGGGGCUGAAGUCGUCCCGAUGUCUGUGCCCGUGCACAAAGACGGCCCCUUGUUGUGGACCUGCGCCCUACCCCUAUCGGGUGGCCGGCAGUCUCUCCUCGGCGAUCUGGACGGGAGGAAGCAGCUUUACUUUACGGACAGAGCUGAUCUCGUAGGGCCUAAGCUAACUCAACGUCAAUUUGACGCCCUUGGACCUGGAGCGUCGAACUUGUAUCUAGGAUACCUGUGGAUCCAGGAGAAGUACGGCGCCAAGGUCCAGGGGCAAGCGAUGAACCUUCUGAAAGCUGUCAACGAUGCUUAUGAAAAGGCUCUGAAGGAGUUCGAUGUGCUCGUUAUGCCCACCUUACCUUACCCGGCACCAAAACUGCCCGAACCUGGCUCGGAUGAAGGCCCCUUGAACUUCUUAGCCAGGACGACAGGACUGAUCGCUAAUACGUGUCCUUUUAAUAAUUCGGGCCACCCUGCCAUAUCGCUCCCUGUUGGUUUUGUACCCGCUCGAGAAGAUCCGAGCUUGAAGCUUCCAACAGCCAUGCAGAUAGUAGGUCGCAAGUUUGCAGACGUCGAUUGUUUGAAAGUUGCAGCUGCGUGGGAAAGGGCAUUUGACUGGAAAAAGUUCUAAAGGCAGGAGCGAAGGCUCUAGUUCAAGUCUCUGCUGUAAUGUCUGUGCAUAGAUGAUGUGUGACGACAAGUCUUGGAUCCCAACCAAACCACAGCUUUCAUGAAAAUUGAAUC